AUGGACGACGAUUUUGGCGCCGACGCCGAGUUUUUGGAUGCCCUGGCUUCCUCAGCCGAUGCCAUCACUUCUUUGAAUAGCAACAAAACCAACAAACAACCACUACCACCACCACCACCACUACCACCGCCACCGCAACAACAGCGACCCCCGGGCCCGCCCGCCUUUCUCCCACUCAAAAUCCAACAACCCACCCCCCAGCGAGUAGAAAAACCACCACCACCGCAACGGCACGCCUCCACCGCGUCAGGUCCCCCAAAAAUAGUCCAACCAACCCCCCAACUUCUCCCCUCCCGAGCCAGCGGCUCGGGGUCUUCAAUCCUCGUAUCCCCGCGGCAAAAAGGGAACCCAGUGCUAGCCUGCAUAAAGUCCAUACCGUGGGAGUACUCAGACAUACCAGCCGACUAUGCCCUCGGGGCGACCACCUGCGCCCUUUUCCUGAGCCUUAAAUACCACCGCCUCCACCCAGAAUACAUCUACACCCGCAUCCGCCUCCUCCAACAAAGGUUCCUCCUCCGGAUCUUGUUGGUGCUUGUCGACAUUCCCAACCACGAGGAUUCCCUCCGCGAGCUCUCCAAGACUUCCCUUGUGAAUAACGUCACUGUAAUUUUAUGUUGGUCGGCGGCCGAGGCAGGGCGGUAUCUCGAGCUGUAUAAAAGCUAUGAGCAUGCGAGCGCGGCGGGGAUAAAGGGGCAGCAGGCGACGGGGUAUGCGGAGAGGUUGGUUGAGUUUGUGACUGUGCCGAGGGUGGUGAACAAGGCGGAUGCGGUGGCGCUGGUGGGGACGUUUGGGAGUUUGAGGGGAGCGGUUAAUGCUGAUGUGGAGACGCUGGGGACUGUGGGGGGGUGGGGGGAGAGGAAGGUUAAGGCUUGGAGGAGGGCAGUGGAGGCUCCGUUCAAGGGGAGGAAAAGGGAGGGGGGAAAGGGGGUGUUGAGGGGGGCGGUUUCUAUCGGGGGGGUGCCGAGUGGUGGUGGUGCUGGAAGGGGGACGCAAGGGGUGAGGGGGGGGAGGGGGGGAGGGGUGAGGAAGACGAGUGGGGGGGCGGUGAGGAGGGUGGGGAAGAGCUUGGAAGUGGUGGGAGAGGUGAGGUUUGGGAGUGAUGAUGAUGAGGAUGAGGAUGAGGAGGGGGAGGAGGCCAUGAGGGUGGUUGAGGGGGGGGGACGGGGGCAGCAAGGGGUGAGUCAGGCUGCGGCGAGUUCGAGUUCUGCUCCGGCUCCGGCUCCCGCUCCCGCUGCGAAGAGGAAGGAGCCUGAGCUCAGUGAGGGGAUUGCUGCUGCGUUGGCAAAGCUCAGGAACAAUGGUUAG